AUGUCUAGCAACUUGCCGGUGGGCACUCAAGCAGAAAGUGCAGGGACAGCGCACCGAGGCCGCGAAAUCAAACCAGAAAGCACAAGCUCGAUAGAUGCAGCGACUCAUUCAAGUUUACCCCCGAGGCUCCCGACAUUGAUACCUGUGGAAGGACUGAAUGUGACCCAAGCACAGCAAAUCCAAGUACCACGAUUUCUCUCUGCGGAAGAUUUACGUUCCAACCCAACCCCCCAGGUCCCCGGCAUUAGUUCCGCAGCGACAUUAUCGCAGGCUAUAUCGGGAUCGCCGCAACUUCAUGGCCUGUCAGCUGCCAGUACCGUGCGAACUCUCCCGCCGAGAUCUACCAGACGAGCCAAGGCACAUGUUGCUUCAGCUUGUGUGAAUUGUAAAAGGAAACAUUUAGGAUGUGAUUCUGCUAGACCCUGUCGACGAUGCGUUCUCUCAGGCAAGGCGAGACAGGCGACUUGCGUUGACGUAACUCACAAGAAACGAGGGCGGCCGCCUUUGAGAGCAGAAGAGACGCCAUCAAGGGCAGCGCCUGCUCUCGAGAGCACCGUAUCGUCGCGGGAACAAUACCAGACAGCGACCGGCCGUGGACUGGGCCAUUCCAAAGCUUCCUCGAGGGAGAUUCGUCCUAUUACUGACUUACAAUACUCCCGACCGCCAGAGCACGGCACAGCAGGACUACAUGUCGGCACAAAUUCAUUGACUGCAUCUUCAGGAAGAUGGCAGCCGUAUACAUCGCCUCAAAUACUGCCAGCUGCCCAAAGGCCAAUAUCAUCAUCAGGGCCUCCACCUCCUCCUGGCCUUAACUACACACCUUCGUCAUUCAUCCAUUAUCACCAAACGACAUUUUCGCCGUCUGCCGGAGCGUCUGAUAUGCCGGUCGGGCUGAAUUAUGGGGAUCGUCCACCUGCUGUCACUACACCGACAGUGUCGCCACAACAGUACCAGCAACAUUAUCCACCAAAAUUGCAGUCUCAUAUCAGCCCACAGACACCAAGUCGAGGAUUGGACACACCGGGGUCUUCGCUAGGGUUCCGAGAUCCCUACAGCGAUUCCGCAGUUCGUCUACCGCCCAUCCUCCCGUCGCCUCCUACAUUUGCACCUCACACGUCGACGUAUUCUCAUCGACGAGGCGAUUCAUAUCCAAACAUGGCCACGUAUCAAUCCCUCAGUAGUCCCCAGCAUGAGCUUUCGCCGCAAACCGGCCGCGCUCAAGGGUCUCCGCGCUCGAUGCUUGAUCCCCUGUCGGCUCGACGGGAGCUUAUAUCGCCGUUUCCUUCUAUCCCUGGACCGCCGCAGAAUGUGAUGACGCCUGCCGGACCUGAUGAAAGAAGUCAGCAAUACCAGACGCAGACACGGAGUGCUGCUAGCGUGUCGGGAGCUGCUGCUGAGCCAGUCUAUGAUCGCCGACGAAAGAGUGAGGCCGACGACGAAGAGAAUCCACAGCCUGCAAAGAGGAGACGAAUGGCAGUGGAUGACAUUGUGAAUGACUAG